UACUAUUAAAUCUAUUUAAUAAGGAUAAUUUGGAUUGGAGACACAAUUUAGGAUUUUUUCCCUAAAGCUAGGCUGAACAAAUUUUAUACUGCGUACUUUAACUUCAUUUUCUACAACUGAUUAUUCUGAAAUGAUUGCAGCUUGUCCGGUAGAUAAAUGGAAAAGAGAAAAGAAUCAUCGAACACAACCAGAGUAACGGAAUUCCUACUACUGAAUUUCUCUGAUAUUCAUGAACUGCAGAUGUUACUUUUUGGAUUCUUUCUACUGAUCUAUUUGAUAGCCUUGAUUGAGAACCUUCUCCUUAUCACCAUUGUAGUACUGGACUGCCAGCUUCACAAACCUAUGUACAUUUUUCUAGCCAACUUAUCCAUCCUUGAUAUUUGCUUCAUUUCUAUCACGGUUCCUAAAUCCAUGAAUAUCUCUUUAACACAGAUCAGAUCUAUUUCUUUCUCUGGAUGUAUGGUUCAAAUCUUUUUGGGACUUACAUUUGCAGUAGUAGAAUUCACACUUCUUGCUGUCAUGGCAUAUGACCGCUAUAUUGCCAUAUGCUAUCCACUCCAUUAUCAAUUGCUAAUGAGCAAAAUAAAGUGCUUCUGUAUGAUAGCUGUCUGUUGGGUGAGCAGCAUUAUUUAUUCAACAUUGCACACUCUAAAUAUCAUUUUCUUACCCUUUUGUGGGCCAAAUAACAUAGAUCAGAUAUUCUGUGAAAUCACUCAUACUCUGAAACUUGUUUGUGCUGACACAUAUGGCAAUGAAAUGGCAGUUUUUAUGUGCGGCAUUAUUUUUGGUAUAAUUUUCUCAUCUUCAGUUAUUGCAUCUUAUGUUCGUAUCUUUUUGACUAUCAAAAAAAUCCCUUCUUCCCAAGGAAAGCACAAAGCCUUCUCCACAUGUUUUCCCCACCUUGCUGUUUUUUCCUUGUUUAUGAGUACUGGGAUAUUAACAUACUUGAGAAAAAGCUCAGAAUCAUCCAUCACAGAAAUCCUUGCAUCUUUGUUGUAUUCUAUUGUGUCACCAAUAGCCAAUCCACUCAUUUACAGUUUGAGAAACAAGGAGAUCAAAGCAGCACUUGAAAAACUGAUUAACAAAAUCUUCUAUUAUAGGAAGAUAUUUUAAAUAAAGUCAAGAGAAACAAUUUUGGAAACAUAAUUUCAAGAAUUUGAAUUUCCUUGGGAUAAGUUAAAUCAGUUAAAUUUCCUUAGGACAAGUUAAAUCAGUUUUCAUGUACCUAUUUGUGUGUGUGUGUGUGUGUGUGUGUGUGUGUGUGUGUGUGUGUAUUUUAAAUAGGAUUCUUAAUUACUAUGUUUUUUUAAAUUUAAAACCUUAAAGAAAAAAAGCUUCAUCUGAAUCACAGAAUUGAUCAAGUGCAUGCAAUAUUUUGCUGUAGGUUUUUUCCUCCUAAUAAUUAUUUUAUUUCAUUAUAAGAUGCAAAUACUUAAUUACAGAUACAGGUAUUAGCUGAAUAAAGUGAUACUUAUACAAUAUAAACUAGAAAUUUGUCAGAACUAUGGUAUUUUAUGUAAGAUGAACCUUCCCAAAAAUUAUAUCAAUGUUGAUUUCUAAAAUAUCAAAAAAUAAGAUUGCUUGAACUGUGCAAUUAAAGAUGAAUAUUGCAUCGAUAGAUAAUUACAAAAUUAAUUAUUUUAUAAUAUAAAAAAGGUUUUUAUCUUGCAUUUCAUGCUUAAUACUAAGGUUAAGAGAAAUGGAUGAAAAAAUGGGAGAGAGAGAGAGAGAAGGAGGGAGAGAGAGAGAGAGAGAGAGAGAGAGAGAGAGAGAGAGAGAGAGAGAGAGAGAGAGAGAGAUGGAGGGAAAGAGAAAUGAUGGCUAUUUAAUUUCUAACUUCCCUCUUCUUUAUACUUUGAACAAUUUGUAAUAGUUGUUAUUAGUAUUUAUAGUUUCUAUAAUCUCUUAGAAAUCAUACUAUAAGUACUUAUAUUUGCCUUGUGUUGCCUUUUGCAUAUUUUUGCCUGAAUUUGUUUAAAUGACUGUUGUGGAUGAUAUGGUGCUAGUUUUGCCUUUGCUGCAUACGCCUCAAAUUUACUUUCCCAAUCAGAUAUUUUCAGUGCUGUAUUUUUCUUCUAAUGUUGAACAAUAUUUAUUCUCACGGCUGUGUUUUACACACACACACACACACACACACACACACGCCUGAAAACAGAACAAGAAGCAACAGAUGGAAACUAAUCAAGGAAAGAAGCAACCUAGAACUAAGGA